UUCGACCAAUAGAAUCUCAGCUCGUAGUGCACGUCAUCACAACACUCCUUCAGCUGUUCACUCACUCAAGUGUCCCCACGAGAGCUGCUGCAUGGGACAUAAACUCAUUCAUUAAAUUCACCAAACGAAGAUGGCUCUAAUGGGAGUUCAGUUGGUGGUGAGCUUGCUGGCGGUCAGCAUAAUGCAGAGAAUGGCCCCACAUCUCUCCUUUGCACGCUGGCUCUUAUGUAACGGCAGCCUUUUCAGGUUCAAACAUCCGUCUGAAGGCGAGUUGUGCGCCCUUGCAGGGAAACAGAUUCCUAAAACCAGCAGGCGAGACAGGAGACAAAAUGGACAUGGAGAAUCCAAGCCACUCACAGUCCCAAAAGACAUUGAUCUUCGCCUGGAGAGUGCUCCUGUCAAUGUCUUGGACGCGCUUGUUUUGCGGUUCUUUGUGGAGUACCAGUGGCUGAUUGACUUCGCCGUCUAUGCCACAGGGAUCUACCUCUUCACUGAAGGCUACUACAGUCUAGUGGAUGCCAGCAAGGAAGUCAAUAUUGCUUCCAUCUGGUGUGUGCUGACUGUUUUCUUCUGCUUGAGGACGCUGUAUCUUCUUAUGAGCCACUACUUUCGCUCUGAGGAGGGUGGCGAGCGCUCUGUGUGUCUGGCUUUUGGCUUCUUAUCUCUUCUUAUUGCGAUGCUGGUCCUUGUAGUGAGAGAAGACUACCUGGAGUUUGGCCUUGAGCCCGGAUUUACCAGUCUUUUUGACAAUUUCGAGGUCUUUGCCAAACAGCAAGGCUACGAGUGGUCCGUUCCCUUCACCAAACUAUCAGUCAAGUUGGGGCUGGCUGUCAUUUGUGCCUUUAUCGGAGCUCUCCUUGCAUUUCCUGGUCUGCGAUUGGCCCAAACUCACCUAGAUGCUGUUCAGAUGAACGCGGAUCGUCCAAUCAUUCAGAUCCUUUUGCACAUGAGUUUUCUGUCUCCACUGGUUAUUCUUGUAAUGUGGGUUAAACCCAUUGCUAGAGACUUCCUAGGGAACGCCCCCAUGGGAAAGACCUCAGUUACCUUACUGUCUAGUUCUGCUUUUAACUCGGUGCGUCUUUGGACGAUUGUGGUGCUGUGUGUUUUGCGGCUACUGCUCACCCGCUAUCACCUGCAGGCCUAUCUCAAUCUGGCACAGAAGUGGGUGGAGCAAAUGAAGAAAGAGGCGGGGCGUAUCGCUGCCAUUGACAUACAAGGAAGGUGAGGCUGAAAUGCGACACAAAGAGUGACACGAGUUUUCUGCUACUUGACUGUGGUCACCCUUCAGUAUCUUGUACCCAUUCUGCUUGUGCUUUUCUCAACUUUGGCACUCAAAUCUUUAGGUGACUUUUCAUGGGGCCUUGGAGCAGAGACUCCAGGUGUAACCCCUGCUCCCAUACUUCCCACCACCCCUCCACCCGCCCCCAGACUUGAAGACGACGAGGAUAUAGAAGACAUGGAGGAGGACAUCCAGGCCACCGUAGCCCACCUGACCGACCUGUUCGCUGCCUUACGUGGGGUCCUCACGCCCAUUUUCUUCAGGGGCAUCUUCGCCUUUCUCACGUGGUGGGUCGCGGCCUGUCAACUCAUUAGCAGCCUGUUCGGCAUCUACUUCCACCAGUAUCUGAUGCAUUACUGACCAGUGCCCUGAAAUAAAGCUCUUUCUGCUGAAUCCAGUUCUUCAACAAAACGCAACAUCAACACGAACAAUCAUUACACAUCUGACGCGCCAGCAAGAUGAAGGCUGGCUCUUCGGAACAAACACUCCUCUAAACCCGCUGUGUUUUGCCGGUACCUGGUGGAAACUUUUGUUUGGUACAAUCAAAGCGAAGAUGCUAGUUAACUGUAUGCAUAUAAGCUGUUUUGGUUUUCAUCAGAACAUCAAUAAGCUCAUCAAAACACCAUUUUUGGGUUUUUUUGUUUUUACCUCAGAAGUUUUCAGUCACGUCACAUGUGUCCCCAGUUGUGGUGAUCAUUUCAUUGAAAUGCAAUUGUAAGGGCCUGGUAACUCAGGGAUGUGGUCCGAAAUAGUGUUCCACCAGCACAAAAUCGUCAAGUGCAAAACCUGUUAAAACAGUUGGACUCGGAUGUUCAAAAAUGAAAUUUUAGUUCAUUUUGUACUUUUGCCUUGGAUGAAUUUUUUUAACGGAAUGUUAUGGUGUAUUUUAAAUACUGUGUUUGCUAUAUUGCUGAUGUCGGGCCUAAUCAAUUUUGCUCAUAUGUUUCAUGAAUAAUCAUAAUUUUUUUUUUUUUUUUGCCUGUUAUUGAACUACUGUUUUUAAUCAUAGGAUCAGAGGAAGUCAUCAAGGAUUCAUAUCAUUUAAGAUGGUAGGCUUAAGACAAGCUAAUAAUUUAACACUGAAACAAUUUAUUUAUUCAUUUUCUAAUGUCAACCAGCUUUCAUUUGAUUCAAAACAAUAAACUGAUCAUUUAAAAAAUGAAAAAAAAA